UUCUGCUCAAAAUGCAAAUAUUUGAUCUGCUGCAGUAUCUCUUAGUCCUGCAGAUUACUUACACUGGUAUGUAUACGCUUCUCUCGUAAAUGCUGAUUAACGGAGUGGGGACAGGGGAUAUCUUCAUGAGUUGCUGACAGGGCCUCGUUCACAGUGGACCAGAUUCCUGAGCAGGUGACGAAGACAGAGGGAGAAAAUGUGUCAAUUUACUGCACCUACCCAAUCUUCGCUCAGAACUCAUUGGUGGAUGUUUAUUGGAGGAAAGGGGAACAAAAACAAUUUAUAGAUGCUACUGCAGAGAGAAGGAUGAGUAUUAUAACUUCAGAGCAAGGUUCUGCCGAAUUGCAUAUCCUCGGGGUGAGCUUCAGAGACUCUGGAAUCUAUUAUUGCAGUGUGAGUGACUGGACCAGAAAGUUUUCCCAUGGCAAUGGCACGAGCGUUAUUGUACACGUUCCGCCGGCGCCGUUGAAAAUCACCGAAGAGAACGCUCCUUCCGUGGCGCUGACGUGCACAACUGCUGCUUUUUUCCCGAAGAACUAUGAGCUCAUAUGGCAUAAAAAUGAAAUGGAAAUCACUUCUGGAAUACAUACCACACAAAUACAGAACGAGGAGGGAUUAUAUCUCGUUUCAAGCUCCCUCAAUGUAAUAGAAAGCUGGUCUGUUUAUACUUGCCAGGUGUUUCAUGAAUCUAUGACGGCGCCAAUAUCCGAGUAUUAUAGAAUCCGAUUGGGAACCAGAGACAAGUUCAUCUUCAUCCUGACGGGUGCACUUGCAGCCUGCGGAGUCAUUAUCCUCGCACUGUUGUUACUUAUCAGGCGUUUCAGAGUAGACAGGACUGAAGUAGCAGCCGAAAAUGAUGAGACCUUAAGUCGCUACCAGGAAAAUCAGGCUUCAGAAAGACAAGAUGCCGGCAGUCCUUCUUAUGCGGAUCUAAACUUUAAAAGGGAUAAUAAAAGCAAGAAAGUCAGAUCUGAAGCCGAACUCACUAAUGCACUGAUCAUACAAGGAACUGAGGAUAAACUUAUUUAUACAUGUGUGGAUCUCGCCGCUUCUCAGAAAAACGCAAGAAGAGUGCAGAAGACUCAUGAGACCGAGUAUGCAGGAAUAAAGAUAAAGGAAGAGGCGAGAAAUCUGGAAACGAAAAGAACAGCGUAUAGCCAUUGAUGAUUGUAUUACACGCUACUGGCCAUCGUGGUGUCCCGAGAUCAAUCAUACUAUGUUACUGUUUUGUAACAACUGUGGAGUAAGCAUAGGAUUUUAAUGAGAAAUCACCAACUCCAACAACACAAAACAGCUAAGAUUAAUGAACCAUUAAAUAGAAGAUUGUAUUUAGCGCAUCAAGUAUAUAGAAACGAAGUCCCUAUUAGCAGUAUUGGGCCCGCAUCACACGACACUUUCCUGUAUAAUCACCAGUUCAAAUACAUUUUAACUGUUGGUUGUAGCUGCCUCCAUUACCUUCCGGGCAGCUCAUUCCAAAUAAACUACACCCUAUUACUUAAAUACACACUCUUCUUUUAAAUAUCACCCUGUCAUUUAGAACAGUUGUUCUCAAGUUCCAGACUCCCCAGCCGUAGUAAAAUCACACUGUCUAUCUGUCACAACGGGGGCGUUGAAGGCAGAACCAAAUGCAAGACACGGACACUGAAGUACAAGGAACAGGAUACGACGAGAGGCUGGAGUUAGGGACGUAACUGGAUGCAGACUAGGAGCUGAGACAAGAGCAAAGACUUGGGCUAGGACAUUGUCUAGGCUAGCAGGACCAGGACAAGGAACUGGGAGCUAAGAGCCUGGGCCUGGACCCCGAGUGAGAGACUGGACAAGCACCCAGAAACUGGAUCUUGACUCGGGCUCGGACCCUGGAAGUAGGCGAGGACAUGGCAUGCCUGCAGGACAGGACAUGGCUUUGGUCCCUCGAGGCUUGGGUUCGGACUCCGAGCCAGAGACCGGACAAGGACACAGAACCUGCGACUUAACUCGGUCUCGGACUCCGGAACUAUGCGAAGAAAUUACGUGGUGUUGGGAGACAGAACUUGGCGAGGCUACAGGACAGAACGAGGGACUCCUGGGCAAGACCAGGGAACUCCAAUACAAGACGAGGGAACUCCAACACAGGACGCAGCACAUGGACAGGGCGAGAACACGAAGCCUUGACUUGGUCGAUGGAGACAGGAACGCAGAGCCUCGUUCGAGGGAGACAGGAGUGCAGAGACAUGGAAUUCAGGGCCGGGACCCCUCCUUGGGUACAGGACUUGGGGCCGGGGUUCUACACAGAGCAAAGACCCCUCCUAGAGAGCAGAACGUACAACCGUGUGUCGUACACAGAACGCAAAGAAAAAGCUACUAACACAAGGUAGCGGCACACGGCCGAACCUACCUAUUGACGGCGUGGACAUAGAGAAACAGUUCCAAACAACGACAGGCAGUCUCUUAUCCAGACACAGCAAGGCCCCGGUCUCGCUCCAACGGUUGAACUUGACAGUGGUUCAGGCGAGGCUUCAGGCGAGACAAAGGGUGCAGGCGAGGCAGGGCUUAAAGGCGAGGCAAGGCAAGGCUACAGACACUAGAUGCAGAGCAAGGCUUAAGGCACCAAUUGUAGGGCAAGGCUUCAGGAGGAACGGACGAGAAGGGAUCCAGACAGGGGGUUUUAACGGGAACAAUCCAGCAACUGAAGCUGAAUUAAGGAGCUAUUUAUGUAGCCAGCACAAAAUGCGAAUCAGCUGCCUCAAUUAGAGCACCCAACAGAAAAAAAAAGAAGAAAAGCUGAAAAUCUGGAAUAAGGAACGAUGGACCAGACGGUGAACCGGAAUCCGGAGUUCAUGGACUGAACCAUAACACUAUCUGCCUUACAUGUGCCUCUCAUACAUAAACAAACUUCCACAAGGUCAUCCUCAACAUCGUAAUCCCAACCUAUCCAAUUGCUCCCUAAAACUACAUCUUAACAUUUCAGACAACAUCUAUACGUCGGCCUGAUCUAUUCCGUUUGCUGCUCCUGAGAUCUUUUCCGCAACAAUAUAAGUUAACUAUACUUGAAAGUAGCAAAUUUAAGCUCAUUAAUGGUAACGACAAAACAGUCAGAUUUUCAGGAAAGGUAACCUGUCUAUAUGUACCUGCACCCCAGCAAGCUUUUAAGUUCCUCUACAGUUCAGAAGCAAUUAUGGUUGGGCAAUUAAUACAUUCUCCAUGACGUGAACCACUCGUGAACAAAUUACAAUGAUUACUCAAACAGAUUGGAAAUAGCCUUCAAGUUACUUUACAUCCUUUCCUUUGGAAGAAAUGAUAUUUGUUCAAAGGUGUUGCCCCCUAUUUUGUUUAUUAACGGAUGGUAGCCACAAAGUGGUGGGAUAACACAAUCCAUAGUGUUACGAAUUGUAACGGUUUAGAAAUCUAGAGGACAGUAUUGCAUGAUAUUAUGUACAGCCUUCUUCUACCUAUGAGCGGUGCUUAGGAGCUCUGCUGAUCUUGCAGACCCAUUCAUUACUAUAGGCACAGCGUAUGUGACUACAAACACGUAACAAAAACAUUGCUGGAGUUUGAACUUAGGACUAGAUUUUCAACCAACAGGAGCACGACGUAAAUUUGUGCCAUAGCAUUCUUGUUUAGACUUUAUCAAGGACAAGAUUCCAAGACUUGCAAGGACUUGUUGGUAAAUUCUAAGAGCAUUCACAAUCGAGAAUAUUACUCCCUAC